CUUAUUUUUAUUGUUUUUCAUUAUUUUUACUACAUUGGUCCAAUUACCUGGACUGUGAUCCUGUGAGAGCCGAGGACGUAGCUCGAAAGUCCCUUCUUCGAUCACACUGGGUGCACGGUAACAUGGCUUCCAGUGCCUCCAAAGAAGAGGAGGACGCAUUAUCCAUAGUGGAACUAUUUGACCAGUUGUGCUUUUCGUUUGGAGAAGAAGAUGCCAUUGAAUUGGUGCAAGCUGGCGGCGGCACAAAUACAUGUAUUGGGUAUAUCGAACUGCAAGAGUAUUCCAAGGCGUUGGCACACCAGCUCUAUUGGAGGUUUCGACCCACGUGGGUAUUAGUGGACUGCCAUGGUUGGCCAGGAGCCGAGAUUGUGAGCCUAUUGGCCUGCAUGCGUCUGGGUAUCCCCUUUGUUCCGGUAUCCUGUCGCAACCAACAUGCGGGCACAGGACGACUCAGACGGAUAGUAGAGCAGUUGAAGAAGAACGAGCAAUCCUCCUCCCCCAAUAACAACCUAAAAAUUGAAAGAGACUCUGCCAGGAUUGUGGCACUGACAUGUUGCGAGAAUGAUCAAGAUCCCGUGUUGGGUGUCUUUCAAAAUGCCAAUGUCCACUCCAUUCUGUUCCUCAGUCAAGAUGGGAAUCUGCAAGAACGAUUGGAUGUGCCCUCGUAUCUACCACAGGAUGUACAAGAUCGUGCCAAACAGAACGACAAUCUGUACGUCUUGUUCACAUCGGGAACAUCGGGCCAAACACCCAAAGCCGUCAUUGGAUCGCAGCAAUCCACCCUCCAACGACUUCAGUGGUUUCAGCAGACAUUCCCACCUUUACGGCGAGUGGCCAAGAGAACGCCACUCACAUUUGUCGAUGCCAUUGCCGAACUCUUGGGGACCUUGUUGACCCGAGAGAGUCUUUUGGUGGCACUGGUACACAACAACUCAGGCACUAACAGCUUCGUGGAGACUUUGAACAUGGCAAGACUCAUCGAGGAGACACAGUGCCAUCAGAUAUCUCUGCUACCCAGUCAAUUGGAUCCAAUAUUACGGCUACAACAACACCAUCAUCAGUCACUGGUAUCGCUCCAACGAAUCGUCAUUUCGGGGGAGCCUUGCCUGCCAUCCUUGUGGCAUUGCUUCUGUCAGGUGUUUGCAUCCAACAGUUGUCAACUCAUCAAUCUGUACGGGCAAACGGAAACAACGGGCGACUGUUGUGCGGCUAUAUUGACAGAGUUACCGUCAGAACAGGUUGUGGUACACAACACAGUCGCCAUUGGCAGGCCCAUAUGCAGCAACACUUCCAUUCAUACGGCUGAUGCUGCAACUUUUAUGGCUGCAACUUGUACUAUCGACAAUGGUAAUCAUGACUCGACAACGAAUCAGGGGCACGAAUUGAUCGUAUCAGGGUAUGAUUGUUUAGCCAAUGGGUACCUGGGGAAUGAUGCUACGGAAAAGGGGUUUACAAUCAACGAAGGAAAGACGACGUCCUUUGCAACGGGGGAUAUAGGGUUUUGUCGAAAUGGCAUCUGGUAUGUGCAAGGUCGAAAGGAUUAUGUCCAAAAGGUAAAUGGAGUUUGGACUGCUCCGUCCGAGGUAGAGACGGCAUUCUUGGACUACUACAGACGGAUGCAAGACUCUGCUGCGUCUACGGAUAGCCUCGAGGCGGCAGCGGCUGCAAUCCUGGAUAAUCGAGUCUAUGUUUUGUUGGAACGACAAGGCGAUUCGACAAUCGACUUCUCGCGAGAGCGAAUAAAACAGAAAACGGGGCUUCCUUGGAAUUUGAUUCCACAACAAGUGUUCCCUUGUCAUUCCUUGCCUCGGACGUCAGGUACGGGGAAAGUGGAUCGGGCACAGGUGAUGAAUAUUCUAAAGGCGCGUAUCCAAGAAGAGCGAUCCAGUCGACCAAAGUGCAAGGACACUACCGCGACAAUGACGAACGGAAGCAACGAGAUGGAUGUGUCCAAACAAGCGUUGCUGGGUCGAUUCCGUGCGGUGGUAGAAUCAGUCCUGAUUCCUUCUUGGGAUAUUGCAAACGGAGAAGAUGUAUCCGGAGACUCCACCCCUGUUGGUACUUGUGCUCCUCGUCACGACCAUUCGGACAUCGACAUGUCGAAGUCAUUUGUGGAGCUGGGCGGAGACUCCGCUCUAGCAGUUUCCCUCCAUUAUCAAUUGCGAAUGGACUGGGGUGCGCAUUACGCAGUCUUCGCAAACAGCCUGGCUGAGAAGAACGGCAUCAAACAAGAAACCAAUCCUCUCUCCGAUGUAACACCCAUGGGUUUGCUCAAUGCAGAAUCUUUGAUGCUUACAUUCAGCGCUCUGACGAAGGAACCAUCGACUAAGGUCGAAGAUGCUGAGCUGUCUAGGAAAAGGCCGAAACUCAGCAACGAUGGCGUAAAGCCAGAGUUUAAACAUGAGGCACUCACCGUGUGGUGCAAUUCUCAUGCGUCGGCUGCCUUCGCAGCGUGUGUGGAUGUGACACCGAUUGUUACAACGGCACCCAAAUCCAACAAUGCUCAAGAGUACCGAAUUGUUGCAGGCUGCCAGAACGGAGUCGCGCAAAUGAUUGCGUUGCGAUCAUUGGAGACGUCGCUCCUGCCAGACAAGAAGGAUAUCUUCGAAGGCACCAGAACGGGGUUUUGCCAUCACUUUACAGGAUGGAGAAUCUCGUAUAUGCUGCUACACGACCCAUCGUCUGGAGGCGACAACUUAUCGACAAUGAUCAUUGUUUGCCUGGUUCGCCAUCCAAAGCAAGUCCCAGAGGCAACCACCGGUGCAAAAGUUGUGGCAAUGUCAACUGACAUGUCCUUCAUACACUGGGCACGGGAAUUUGAUUUGCUCGAUACUGUCGCCUCUCCACCCGUUGUGUGUGAUGAUCGGUUAUGGGUGGUCGUGACAUCCUCCACCAAGAGAAACCCCAACAAUGCUCUACCAAGUGAAGAUGACAUGGAUGAUGCUGACGACUCUAAAAAGCACCAGAUUGUCCUAUUGAACUUGAAGGACGGCAGCAUUGAUGGUAGUUGUACAGUUGGGCUGCCUGUCAGAGUGGUUUCCAGCGCUGCCAUGUUGGAUUGCAACUUCGUCCGAGCCGAUGAUGGCAUCGCAGCGAAGGUUCUGAUAUACUCUAGCUGCGAUUGGGAGACUGGUCUUCUGCUUGUCGAUGUGGAACGAAAACAGUUGCUGCCUGUGCCCCCGUCAGCCUUGGAAUUAGACGAUACGGACAAGGAUUCGCUGCCCCUACGUUUCUUCACCGAUUCGCUCGGGCCGGUCUACAAAGACCCCGUUGCGUGGGACACAGAAUCUCUUUUGGUGGCUGAUUCUUGGGGUUCUCUUCACCGAGUGAAUCUGUGUAGCCUCACAUGCACAACCUGCAAGGUUUCGAGCAAAGCGCUGUCCGCCCCAGCAAUUGUGCCGCCUAGCAGCGGCAAUAUGCAGGGUGUCGUUGUUGGUAGCUACGAUGGUAUGGUGAGCUUGGUCAAUGCCGAUCUGACUGAGAUCUUGUGGACUUGCAGUGUUCAGUCGGUGGUGUACACUCGUCCUUUGGUGUUAUCCUUUGCGGGCAAAGGAGACGACUGCGACAGCGUGGUGGUUUGUACUACUUCUGGUGAUGUGGUCCAACUACGUGGAUCCGAUGGGGCGCUGAUGUUGCGAUACCAGAUACCUAUUGGGGCCGAAAUCUGGUCUAGUCCAGCAGCUCUGCCUAUGGCCGUUGGACGGGAAGAGGAACACGGGGCUUCUCGCGUUGUAGUGUUUGGGGCCCGAGAUUCUCGACUGCAUUUCGUCAAGGUAAGCCAGAACAAGGAACGAGGUACUUCGAACUAGUGAGAUCUUGGCGGCAGGGCGUUGCUUUGGUAAACUAUUGAUUUGAUUGAUGACUGCAACAAGAAGUUCAAUCAGAGCGCCUAAAUCAAGUUAAUUGGGGUAUCAAAUGAAUAAACGUGUAGAGGCCGCUAUGGCUAGUCCUGCUUGAGAUCAUCUACGGUGUUCACCACCACUGCAAACAUGUCUCCAAGUUCACUUAGGCUCGAUUCCUGGAGCGCCUUGGCGUCCACCACACGUCCAUCCUUGCCACCUGGGAGUGCUCUGGUGGCGGUCGCAUUGCCAACAACAGUGCAUCGAUACCCUAAUUCGAAG